AUGUCGAUCAUGAAAGUGACGCACACUCCAGCUUCACCUAAUUACUCUCCAGCUUCACCUAAUUAUGUUCCGGCUUCACCUAAUUACGUUCCAGAUUCACCUAAUUACUCUCCAGGGUCACCUAAUUAUUCUCCAGAUUCACCUAAUUAUCCUCCAGCUUCGCCUGAUUACUCUCCAUAUUCACCUAAUCACUCUCUAUCUUCACCCAAUUACUCUCCAUCUCCACUUAAUUACUCUCCAUCUUCACUUAAUUACACACCUAAUUACUCACCAUCUUCACCUUAUUACUCUCCUAAUUACUCACCAUCUUCACCUAAUUACUCUCUGUAUUCACCUAAUUACUCUCCAGAUUCACCUAAUUACUCUCCAUCUUCACCUAAUUACUCUCCAUCAUCACCUAAUUACUCUUCAUCUUCACCUCGUUACUUUUCAACUUCACCUUUUGGCUUUCUGAUUUCACCUUUUCAUCCCAUAUCUUCACAUUAUUAUUAUCUUAAUCAGAUUAAAAUAUUGCAAUAA